ACUGCCUAAUAUCGUGGUCGUGUUGUCGAUGCAAGAGAUUCUUCAACUGCAAUUAACCAGUUUGAAAAUCCCUUUACACUGGCGUGUCCAACGGCCCGCCAUGAGACGCGCACAGGAUAUCGGUGGACGAGCUCUGCAGGAGAAACGGCAGGAGCGAGAGAAGAAGCGAUUUCGUCAUCGGAGGAACGAGAGAUUCGUCGAGUUGAAAGGUGUUUCAGUGGAGAUGCCGACUCUCUACAUCGGUGGAGGGCGACAAUGGGGGCGUGGAAGCUGCCCCUCCUUGUCACUUCCUGACAAGGAGGGGCUCCUAGGAGGCCGCCACAAUGCAUGGGCCUCCGGAGAUGCACCGCAGCCACCACCGAACAACACCAACACGCCGGCUGCCCCUCAAGUCACAGACAGACGACUGUCCGGGGACAUCGCCAAGGCUGAUCAGCUCGACGUCCAGGCUCGCACCAAGCAGUCCUGGAGGGGACGGACGCAUCAGGUCCCGAUCUAACGCCUCGUGACUCCUCGACCCGUCAGCGAGAGAAAUCCGAGACGCGACCUUGGAUAGGCAGGUCCAUAGGACAUGGACGCUUACAUCAGAACCUGCAUGAAUAGUCUCCUGCAGGAUUGGCAGGACGGUAAAGGUCCUCGUAUAACGGACAAUACCGACCCGACCUGUGCUCAGAAAAUCCAAUACGAGACAUUGGAAAACAGGUCCUUCGAAACGGACGAUUACACUUGGACCCGUCGACAAGCGCCACGGAGGCGCCCUCAACAGCAACAGCUCCUCGCGCGACGCCCACCCGCCUCGCAGAACCCGCUCCAAAUGCCAAGAUGCGACUUUGGCAUGUGGUUCGACCAGAGGCGUGGCCACGGCGCCGCAGGGGACACGGAGGGCGACCUCGGCCAACUUGAAAGGCGCAAGUGUGGUCUUGGCAACCGACUGAUCACCCUUGAGGAUCCCAAGACAGCGAACGUCGCUAGCAUGCGCUGACAAGUGCGCUCGCUUGAGCUGCGGUAAAUAAGUCCAAGUGGCGGCUCUACAGCGGAAGGCGUGUCAACAACUUCCGAUGCUAGACAGCACGCAGGCCACCUCUCUUUAGGGAAGAAUCCAUCCACGGAAGAAACCGCGGAGAUGGAACAACAGAGAGAGUGCAAAGAGAACAGAAGAGUAGAAAGGGGACAGGCAGAGAACGGAAGGCACAAGUCUCUGCACAAACGUCCCCACAAGAGGCGUGCAAAGCCUCCAGAGGGUCAAGUCAUCCUCUAACCCCAGAAUUCGAGUCCCAACUCUCGAGAUCGCACUCGGGCGAGAGGGGGAGGGGAGGGAAAGCAAAUAAACUCUCGAGGCUCAA